AUGUCAACACCUAACCAACAUCCCAAAACGAAUAUUGUCAAACUCAAUCCACCUUCAACAUCAACAGCGAUGAAAGAUAACAAUAUUGCUGAUGGAAAAUCUACAAAUAACGAUCAUCAUCAAAAUAAUAAUAAUCCAACGGCACCAACAUCUUCUCUUUCAUCGACACGAUUGCAGUCGAGCAAAAUGCGUAGCGAUCCCAAUGAACCACAUAUUGGCAAAUAUCGCUUUAGCAAGACAAUUGGUAAAGGUAAUUUUGCUAAAGUCAAAUUAGCUAGACACAUCCCAACUGGUCGUGAAGUAGCUAUAAAAAUCAUUGAUAAAGCUCAACUUAAUCCAACAUCAUUACAAAAAUUAUUUCGUGAAGUUAAAAUAAUGAAAGGGCUCGAUCAUCCGAAUAUUGUCAAACUUUUUGAAGUAAUUGAAACCGAAAAAACGCUCUAUCUUGUCAUGGAAUAUGCAAGUGGAGGUGAAGUAUUUGACUAUCUUGUUGCACAUGGCCGUAUGAAAGAAAAAGAAGCACGAGCCAAAUUUCGACAGAUCGUUUCUGCAGUUCAAUAUCUUCAUCAAAAACACAUUGUACAUCGUGACCUUAAAGCAGAAAAUUUGUUACUUGAUGCAGAAUUAAAUAUCAAAAUAGCUGAUUUUGGUUUUAGUAAUGAAUUUACUCCUGGAAGUAAAUUAGAUACAUUUUGUGGUAGUCCACCGUAUGCAGCACCUGAAUUGUUUCAAGGAAAAAAAUAUGAUGGACCGGAAGUUGAUGUUUGGAGUUUAGGUGUUAUUUUAUAUACACUUGUCAGUGGCUCAUUACCAUUCGAUGGUCAAAAUCUCAAAGAAUUACGUGAACGUGUUCUACGUGGUAAAUAUCGAAUACCAUUUUAUAUGUCUACGGACUGUGAAAAUUUAUUAAAAAAAUUCCUUGUGUUAAAUCCAACACGACGUUCUGCUCUUGAAGCAAUCAUGAAAGAUAAAUGGAUCAAUGUUAAUUUUGAGAAUGAAGAGUUAAGACCUUUUGAGGAACCAAGUCCAGAUUUUAGUGAUAAUUAUCGCAUUGAAGCAAUUUUACGAGAAACAAAUUAUUCUCGAGAACAGACACUUGAUUCUUUAACAUCUCGUAAAUAUGAUGAUAUAAUGGCAUUCUAUCUUCUUCUUGGUCUUCGAACAAAUGAAGCUGAUCUACCAGAAAAUCCAGCUCUUCAAGCAUCCAACAAUAGAGGUGUUACAGAUGCUUCAAAUAUUCAAUCCUCAUUAGCACCAAAGGCUGUAUCAUCAAGUACACGACCAUCAACAACCAAUGAUAAAGAAAAUCUUCCUUCUAUCGAGAAACAACAUCGACCAUCCACAGCUAUUGCUGGAAUACCAUCAAAUAAUGAUAAUUCGCUAGUUAAUGGUACAGCAACUAAUGGUAUUCCUAAUUGUUUGCUGACAUCAGCAAGUAUUGAUACAUCAACAGCAAAUACAAGUGGAUCCGCAGCAACAAAAACUAAUGGAAGUAACAGUUCUCAAGCAUCGAAUUUAAUUCAAAAUCGUACGAAUACCAAUACAGACAAAUCUCGUGCACAAACAGUUCGUUUACCUAACACAGCUGUUCGUCGACGAGAAACACUUGAUCCUGUGUCAGGUGAGAGUGUAUCAAUGAGAAAAGUUGAACCAUUUAAUAAUAAUGACAAAAUGAAACCUGCUAAUAACAAUCCAGGAGAAAAUACAACUAUUGAAAGUCGUCUGCCUCGUUUUGCUCAAAGUUUUAAUCGUGGUGGUGUUGAACCAUCAUCAACAACAGCAUCUCAAGCGCCACAUAAUUUAAUACGUGGACCAUUACGUGAAACAUAUAAUCCAAAAUCUGCAAGUCUAUCUGCAUCUAGUUCAUCAUCAACGCAACAGCCACAGAUAUCAAAAAUUCCAGAGAAAAUUAAACCUAGAAUAACAUCGCCGGUUAUAGUAUCAUCGGCUAGUAAUAAUACUAGUGGGUCGGAUCGAGUUUAUUCGAAUCAGCAUCAACCAUAUAACUUCAAUCCUUUGACAAUACAAUCUUCAACUCCUACAUCCACUACACCUAACACACAAAUUGCAUCAACGACUAGUACACGUGCUGGUACUGGUACUGAUAUUGCACCAUUGAGUCGUUCUUCUCACGAUCGUAAAACUAUACAUACUAUUUCUUCACGACCACAUUAUCCAACAUCAAAUACAUCCACAGCUAUUGGUAGUGGAUUUAAUGCUGAACAUCGAGCAUCAUCAAGAAAUCCAAAUAGUGGUACAAUGGCUAAUUCUGAUAUGAAUAAUCGUCAUCAACAAGGAGCGAUGAUGUCGAGUGGAACAAAUAGUGGAGCUCAAUCAUUUCUCAGCAAGCUUUCAUCUAAAUUUGCACGAAGAAAAUCAAUUCGAGAAUCAGCUACAUCAUCAUCGUCAACAACAGCAGCAGCAGCGGGGGGUACUAUUGGAAAUAAUAUGACUGGUAGUACAGCAAGUGCAUCCUCAUCAUCUUAUCGUCGUCCUCCAGAUUUAAACAAUACAAGUAUGACAUCAAGUACAACAGGACCGACAACUAAUGAUAAUAGUCUUGCUGUUGAUGGUAGUAGUAGUGUCACAGGAGAGAUUAAACCACGGUCACUUCGUUUUACAUGGUCAAUGAAAACAACAAGUUCAAUGGAUCCAUCUGAUAUGAUGAAAGAAAUUCGAAAAGUUCUCGAUAUAAAUAAUUGUGAUUAUGAACAAAGAGAAAAAUUUCUUUUACUUUGUGUGCAUGGUGAUCCAAAUACAGAUUCAGUUGUAUCAUGGGAAAUGGAAGUAUGCAAACUGCCACGUCUAUCGUUGAAUGGUGUUCGAUUUAAGCGUAUAUCAGGCACAUCAAUCGGUUUCAAAAAUAUUGCGAGUAAAAUCGCCAAUGAACUAAAAUUGUGA